AUGCUGCAAAACGAGAGGUUGGUGUCAUCGCAGUUGAGAGACACCAUUGGCAGGGGCACGGCAUUGAUGGCAAAGAGAUUUUCUGCCAGUCAAAAGAUCACGAUGGACCAACAGAGGGUUUUGCGCGAUCUGGACAUGCCAAAACUGCAGGCUGUUGUGCUGCGAGAUGCAGGAGUGCCAUGGCUGCCUCCUUCCAUCUUGACUGCCCAUUUGUUGGCAAUUGACCUGACGUCCUCAGGCAUCACUGAGCUGCCACCACAAGUGUCAUGUCUGAAAUCGCUGCAGCUGCUCAGAGUGGAUGAUUGUAGGGGGCUGACAUAUCUUCCAAGUGAAAUGGGUGCAAUGGUGGAGCUCAGGGUGCUGUCCAUGAGGGGUUGCAGGGGCAUCUAUGAACUUCCCGAGUCUAUGGGAAGCCUGACCAAGCUGUCCAAGCUUCUGAUGCCAGAAUGUGGAAUCGCCCAUUUCUACCUACCUGAUAUGAGAAAAUGGCAGAGGUUGACCAUGUUGGACUUGAGAGGUUGUGUGGGUCUGAAGCAGUUGCCCCCAAACUUUGGAGAUUUGACAUGUUUGGCUAACCUGAACUUUGGCGGUUGCUGGCAGCUCACAUGCCUGCCGAGCAGUAUUGGUCAAAUGUUGCACCUACGAGUGCUGAUUCUGCACAACUGCCGCAGUUUGACGGCAUUGCCAGACAGCACAACAAACCUUGCUGAGUUGGAGGAGCUGGAUUUGCAGCAGUGCAAGCAGCUGGCAGACCUUCCCAGUGCCCUUGGGUCCUGUUGCCUGAAGCUGAGGAUAUUGAGACUUCAGGGGAUUGAACCCAUGGCAUUCCCACAGUUUGCAAGCAGCCUGGAGUGCCUUGAGGUUCUGGGUCUUCCAGAAGGAUGUGAAGUGCCCGAGGGCUGCAAAGAGCAUUUUGAUGAGCUCGAAGUAUCACUGGAGCAAGAUGGAGCUGGCGUGUUGUGCGGGGACAAUGUCAUAUUUAGCACUCCUCUCCACUGGGCGGCUGAACAUGGCAUGGACAAGAUGGCUACCUUUCACUUGAGUGAAGUGGAUGUGGAUUUUCGGGACCGGGUGGGCCUUGGGGCCAGCAUGGUACUGCUUCAAGUCUGCAGCCCCACACUGACUGACAUUGAAAGCUUUCCUGCCAAACCCUCUCUGGGUGGUGCGACGCCCCUCUUUGGGGCUGCGCAGAAUGGCCACAAGAGCACCGCAGCAUUGCUUUUGGAGCACGGUGCAGCUGUGGAUGCCACCAGAAAGGUUGGUGCGACGCCCCUCAUUCGGGCUGCACAGAAAGGCCUAACCAGCACCGCAGCACUGCUUUUGGAGCACAGUGCAACACUGGAUGCCACCGACCAGGGUGGUGCGACACCCCUCUUCUGGGCUGCGGUGAUGGGUCACAACAGCACCGCAGCACUGCUUUUGGAGCACGAUGCAGCAGUGGACGCCACCAACCAGGAAGGGAAAACCCCAUUGCUAGCCGCACUCGCAUACAGAGAUUUCUUGAGUGGAAAACCCCAUGAUGAGGGCACUAUUUUGGAGAUUUUGGAGUUGCUGGCAGACAAAGGGGCUCCUUUGGAUGCAGCUGACCAGGGAGGGACGACUCCCCUCAUGGAGGCUGCAGCGCUUGGCUACACAAGAGCUGCUGAACUGCUGCUCAACAAAGGUGCAUCUUCAGAGCUGGCUGACAAGGAGGGACGAACCGCUGCAUCCCUUGCGAGGUCCAAGGGGCAUAACGAAUUGGCCGAGAUGUUGGAAGCUGCAUGA